AUGUCAGAAACCUUGGGCAGGCCGCAAAAUGAUCACACGGGAGCCGUUACUGAAGCUCUGAGCCAACCAAAGAAGACCGUCAAUGAGGAGUCGAGAACAAGGUCGCUCGCAAAGAACUACAAAGGCUUCGUCGCAGGCGUUUUCUCGGGUAUAGCAAAACUCUCGGUCGGCCACCCGUUCGAUACCGUCAAGGUUCGCUUGCAAACUUCGCAGAAGUCUCAAUUCAAAGGCCCGCUGGACUGUCUGUUGCAGACGCUAAGAAGAGAAGGUGUCGCGGGAAUCUACAAGGGUGCAACCCCGCCGCUGCUAGGAUGGAUGGCCAUGGACUCCGUCAUGCUAGGAAGCCUGACAGUUUACCGGAGGUUGUUGCAUGACAAUAUCUUUGCCAACCCGGCUUUCCGACGCGGGAAGACCGCCACAGAGCUUUCGAAGGAGAAAUUACCUGCCUUCGGGCAUGGGAUCGCUGGAAUCAUGGCGGGGGCUACGGUGUCUUUUAUUGCUGCGCCCGUUGAACAUGUCAAGGCAAGAUUGCAGAUUCAAUACGCAGCGAAGAAGAAGGACAGGCUGUACAGCGGCCCUAUAGACUGCACAGGAAAGAUUCUCCGUUCCCACGGCAUUGCGGGCUUGUAUCACGGCCUCUUCUCAACAUUAAUCUUUCGCUCAUUCUUCUUCUUUUGGUGGGGCAGCUACGACAUCCUGACGACUUGGUUCAAGAAACACACUUCUCUUUCUACUCCUGCAAUCAACUUCUGGGCAGGCGGGCUGUCGGCGCAGGUCUUCUGGCUGACGUCCUACCCUUCCGACGUGGUCAAGCAACGCAUCAUGACGGACCCAUUGGGCGGUGCGCUCAACGAUGGCACUCCUCGCUUUAGACACUGGAAGGAUGCCGCCACUACUGUGUAUAGAGAAUCUGGAUGGAGAGGGUACUGGAGGGGCUUCGUGCCCUGCUUUCUGAGGGCGUUCCCUGCGAAUGCUAUGGCGUUGGUGGCCUUCGAAGGUGUAAUGAGGGCACUGCCCGGUUGA